AACACGGGGGACCGGCAGCUCCUUGGAGGUAUGCUGGAGGAAGUCCACAUUCACUCCACCAGGACUGGAAAGAUCUGGCUCAUCAUCCUCUUCGUAUUUUGAAUGCCUGUCCUGGGUGUAGCAGCUGAAGAUAUCUACGAUGAUAAGCAGUCUGGCUUCAUCUGUAACACAAAACAACCGGGUUGCAGAAACGUGUGCUAUGAACAGGCCGUUCCUAUCUGGGUUCAGCAGGCUGUAUUUAUGUCUUCAGCAUCUCUAGUCUACCUGAGCCAUCCUUUAUACCAAUAAUGAGUUCUAGAGAAAGAGGGGCAGAGGAUGAAAAUUCAAUUAAGAGAACUGGGGGUAGAGUCUGAAAUGCCUGUGGAUCAAAGGAGACUGGAAGAGCUUUGUCAGUUGGAAGAAAGGAAACUAGAUAAAGCUCCAUGCAGAGGAACCUUGCCUCGCACUUACGUGUUACACAUUUUCACUUGCUCUGGCCAAGCUGGGCUCAUGACUGGACAAUGAGAACCUCUAUUUAAAUGUCAUGGCCACCCAUAUCCAAAUAUAAUUGAUUUUUUUGUCUCAAGACCAACAGAAAAGAUAAUAUUUCUAUUAUUUAUGCAAUCCACAGCCAUUGUUUCACUUUUCUUAAACAUGCUAGAAAUUUUCCACUUAGGUUUUAAAAAAAUUAAGAGGGCCUGGGGUCAGUAUAAAGUGAAGGAUGAAUAUAAUGGAUUCCAUGCAAGUGAUAUAUAUAUUUUUCCCAGUGCUGGGAAUCAAACUCAGGACCUUGCACUUGACAGGCAGGCACUUGUGCCAUUGAUCUAUAAUCCCCGACCCUUUUGAGUUCUAUGUAAGUAAAACAAAAAAACCUAGCCAAGUAUCAGUGCAUAUCUGCAAAUUCACUGAAGCAACAAAGACACUCUCUUCUGCAUCUGAUUAUUAUCUGUUAGUGGAAAAGCACACACACAUAACAGCAUCUUUUGCAUUUCAGCCAGGGGCUGACAAUCACAGUGUAAAUGAGAAAUGCAUUUUGGGUGAACAGGAAACUAAUGAGAUAUUCACAAUGAGUAUUAACUGUAGUCACCUUCAUCACAUCCACUCAAAUAAUAACAAAGACAUAACAUAUUUCGUAGCCACUUAAAGGAGAAGAGAGAAACUGAUGUCGAAGAUAGCAAAAAGAGCCACUGUUCUAGAGGCCACAGUUCUAUUCUCAGUACUGCUAUAGAAACAGAGAACUACAUGGGACAGUCACCUCACAAAGCUUUCUCCCUGCCAGCUACCUGUAUCUGGAAAUCUUGGUGGCUUAGUGCUAUCUGGGGUCCACCUAGAGAAGAUGAAAACCAACGGCCAGAGAGAGAGCUCAGCGGCACAGCGCCUGCCUGGCAAGCACAAGGUCCUGAGUUCGAUUCCUAGUACCAAAAAAAAACCCCAAACCCACCAAUAAGAUGAAAAGCAGGGCCAUCUCCUAACUCUAACCUCAAGGACCAGUGCACAAGAGGGUAAAAUCAGAACCCCUCUUCCUUCAUAGGGAGACUCCCAACCUCUUGAUAUUAAACACUCCUGAUUCUUUGGCAGAAUUGUCCUUUGAGAAUUGUCUUUGCCAGAACUGUCAGAAAUUUGUCCUACUAAGAAGUCUUUCUUGGCUGUACUACUCACUGGCCAUACAGCCUCAUCACAUUAUUUUGAGACAGGGUCUCCCUAUGAGCUUCAGGCGGGCCUUGAACUCACCGUGAUCCUCCUGUCUGAGCCUUCCAGGUGGGGGACUACCGGCAUGUGCCACUUGCCCAGUUUGGACCUAAUAUUCAGUUUUCAGUUUUCUAGCCUUACUGUAAAGCUCCUUUACGGUCUUUGGGAAAACAGGCUAAAGGAAACAACAUGGGUGGCAAUGCAGCUCAGUGCGACAGUUUGUGCACAGGCCCUGGUUUGGACCCAAAGACUAGGGGACAAAAAAAAAAAAAGAUAAGUGUAAAAAUACGUGAUUUGAGCCAGGCCGGGCGUGGUGGUGCACACC